AUGUAUGCAGGAUUUGUUUUGCUUGUAUCACUUGUUGCUUAUUCACAAGCUUCAACAUCCUGUACUGGUCGAUGUGGAUCAGCUUAUGACCCAAAUCAGCCAUGCCAGUGUAAUGACCUCUGUCCAAAUUAUAAUAAUUGUUGUAGCGACUAUAAUACAUUAUGUCUUGGUCUAUCUCCUGGAUCAUGCCAAGGAAGAUGUGGUAGUAAUUUAGAUAACAGUCAAUCAUGUCAAUGCAAUUCACAGUGUAAACAAUUUAAUGACUGCUGUGGUGAUUAUGACUCAUUAUGUGAUGGUUAUAUUCCCCAAAACCAAGUUGAAUGGAGAGAUAUCUUAAAGGAAAUGUGGUUCAAUCUUUACCCUCGUUCUAACAGUAACCCAGUAUUAGACAGUUCUGGAUUCGAGCACGUUCUCGUCGGAGAAGAGAAAUCGACAUCUAUUGGUGGCUUUCAUAAUUGGAUUCAGUUUUAUUUGGAAGAAAAGGCUGGUAGAUUGGACUAUACUGGAUGGGUUUCACAAGCACUGCCGAGGACAGUUGGUAGCCAAUUUAAAUGGAAUGGAAAAUGGAAAGGCUUAGGAUCGUUUAUGGUUGGUGUGUCACCAGAGUUUGAUGUAGCUGUAUAUAGCGUUUGCGCUAUUAUAAAACCGAACUCUAUAUGUUCCUUCACUCUAGAUGGACGUGCUGUUUCAAUCCAGUCAUAUGACAUCGCCCACAAGUCGGGUAUUCAAUUAGCAACCGCCUACGUCAGGUCGUAA